CAAUAAACCGAUGACGUAAAGGAUGACAAAUCUCAAGUUUGGCAAGCGCGCGAGGCGCUCAUUCACUCGCAGCUGCGCGUGGGACCGGAGCGCAAUAGCGCGCGCUCGUCCGCAUCGCUCAUCGGCGCGUGCAGCGCUUCAUCCUUUUUUUUUUCAAUGGGCUGCGGCGGGAGUCGAGCAGACGCUAUCGAACCUCGAUAUCACGAGAGCUGGACCAGAGAAACCGAGUCGACGUGGCUCACCAACACCGACGCUGAAAUCCCCAACGGCGUGACUUCUAAGAGCCGCGGCGCGCGCGGAGAAUCCGGCCAUCGCAUUAAAGACGGCUCAAAACUACCAGGUCGAGGUAUGGAGGCCAGGUCCUGUGGAGACAGAGGCAGACAGAUGGUUAAUGCAGGAACUCAAUGUGGAAAGCAGGUUUUGACUUCCAGCACCUGCACAAACCACCGAGAAAAAAGCAGUCGAGAGGUUUUCAGGCGCUGCAUUAAAUAACUAACAGCUAUUUACGGCCUAUUAUACAUCCAAAGCAGACGAGCGACUCGAGGCCGACGACGCGAAAGGAGGAAACCACACGUUCUGAAGGGGUUUCAUAUAAUGCUGACCCAGGGGAGCCGUGAAGGAGGAAAAAAAACAUCUUCGUCUGAUGCGGAGGAUACGCUGUGAAACCCUGAAGAGUUGGGCGAUGUGGAUUAUGGGCUCUGUAAGAAACCAUAAAGAGAAACAGAGCGUCACAAGAGAUGAUUUCUUAUCAACGCACACUUAGCUUAACAUGCUUUGCUUCAGUUUGCUGCAAAACUGGGUUAAAAAAGAUGCAUCUGAUCACUAGCACGGCAAGCACAGGUUUUAGUCGACCCUGAUGCCCUCACAGGAGUUACUGAGCAAAGCACAUCCGUAAUGGUGAUGAUUCAAGUUCAUAAAACAAAUGUUUGGCGAUGCUUCACGUCCGUAAUGUUGCACAAAGGGGUUGUCGCUUGCAAUUAAUAAUGGCUCUUGGAAUUUCACUAAUAUGAACGCAAAUGAUGUUUCAAAAGACAAAGCUGAAUAUUUGCCUACAUAAAAAAACAGCAACGAUUCUAAUCGAUUUGUUGAUUAAUAACCUAUUGUGUUUUUUUUUUUGUUCAUCCCAUGCUUGUAAAUAUACUUCCAUUCUUGCAAAUUGAAAAGCACCUUUUGCCAUGUAGCCGAAGUAAUUCGUUAUUGCAUUUUAUUUUGUUAAGUUAAAAUGAAUUGUAUUUAGUGUGACAUUUUUAAUGAUGGCAGCUGCUGUAAAAAUCCCUGGAACCGCUAGAUGGAGCGGUUUAUCUCGCAUUGCAAUUGCACGGGCAUCUGAGACGUUACCUGAGCGUGUUUCUACCGGAAAAUAGACGAACAGACACGCGCGGGUUAAAAUAGUGAAGAGCGCUAUAUUUGAUCGAAAUGUUUAACUAUCCCAAGACUAUGUAAAUCACGAGAGCGAUGUUGUUACCUCGAGCAAAACGUGCGAUGCAAGAUUGUUUUUAUGCGUGCAUUUUAUUUCAAAUUUACUGUCUAGCUUAAUAUUUAUGCCAUCAUCCUGAUUUCUCAACAGUUAUAAACACGUAGGAAAAGUUUUUACGAUUUAUAAAAGCAAAUAAAAUAGCUAAUAGAGAGUGCAUUAAACAUAUACGACACGUGGUAUGCAAAUCUGUAUGUGCAGAGCACCUGCUGCAUGAAAUGUAAUGAUAUUCUGUAUCGUCAGUGUCCAGAAAAAUAAACAAAUAGACAAAUUAAUCAAAUGGG